AUGCACAUUGGAAGUGGAAUGUUCCACCGUGCACAUCAAGCUUAUUAUUUAGACAAGUUGAAUAACAAACUUGAUGAAGAGGAGAAAGAGAAAGAGAAUAGUGGCAUUAGUAGAUGGUCAAUAGCAUUGGGUAACAUUAGAGAUGAUGUUGGUGAUAUAUUGGAAGUGUUACAAAGACAACAUUGCAAGUAUACAUUGGAGACUGUUGACUCUGUAGGUGACAGACAACAUCAUGUUAUAAAAUCAAUCAAGAUAAUAGUGCCCUACGACCAGGAUGGCAAACAUCUAGUUCAACAAGGUGCACAUGUUGAUACCAAGGUCAUAUCAUUCACCGUUACAGAGUCUGGCUACUACUAUGACGUAAACCUACAGCUUGUCGCCACGCAUCCCGACAUCCAACACGAUCUUAAGGGUGGCUGCAAGACAAUCUACGGCUCAAUAACCAAGAUACUAAGGGAGCGCAUGAAGAUUACUGGCACUGCAGACUCGAGGAUCACUCUACUAAGUUGUGACAAUGUUCGCAAGAAUGGAGUUGUGUUCAAGACAUGCUACCAACAAUUCCUUGAGAUGGUUGGGGAUAAGAUGUUGCUGGAGUGGUUCCAGGCCAAUACGACAUGUCCCAAUACAAUGGUGGAUCGUAUCACUCCUCGCCCGCCAGCUGACCUUGUGGCGCGUGUGGCCACCCUGCACCAAGACUUUGAGGACCGUGCGCCAGUGAUGUGCGAGAAGUUCACGCAAUGGGUGAUUGAGGACAACUUCAUCAUUGGCAGACCGGCCUUGGAAAAGGUUGGCGUGGAGUUUACCCAAGACGUCAAGCCCUAUGAAGAGGCCAAAGUGCGCAUACUCAAUGCCAGUCACUGUAUAUUAGCUUGGGGCGGCACGCUCAAAGGCUACACGUACAUCCAUGAAGGAAUGCGUGACCCUCAGAUCAAGACCAUGGCCUACGACUACAUUACAAACGAUGUGAUACCGACACUCAAGGCCAAGACUCCACUCAAUCUCGAGUCAUACAGAGACAUUGCUUUGGACCGUUUCUCCAAUCCCUAUCUGGCCGACACCAAUCAACGAGUGAGCUCAGAGGGAUACACCAAGAUACCGGGAUUUGUCGUGCCAACGAUCACAGCAUGUUUCCAACGUGGCGAUGCGCCUAGGUCCUCAAUCAGACUCGUGGCACUAUUCUUCGUGCUCCUUCAACGUAGCUAUCAGGGCAAGCUGCCCUACAUCUAUGUUGACGCCGUGCUUACCAAGGAGAUGCUUAACAACAUCUUUAAGGCUACAGACCCCGUCCAAGCAUUCGCCCAUGAUCAAGUCCUGUUUGGUACACUCAAGGAUAAUGCCCAGUUCGUGUCUCUUGUCCAUGAAGAAGUUGUACAAGUCAAUGCAUGGCUUGGAUGA